UUCUUGAACCGCGGUAUAAAGGCAACGGAUCUCAGGCGCAUGAUCAAAUUCAAUCUUGAUAUUGGACGAAGUGCACCGUGCUGUGAUCUAAAUAAAAUGAACUAUUUGAACAUAAUUCUACUAGCAUGCUCACUAGCAGCCACAUCAGCUCAGAGGCUGACAGAGACAAGCACAGAUGCCUCUGACAGCACCCGACGAAGUGCGGGCGGGUACGGUUCACCCGGUUAUGGGUCAGCCGGGUACGGUUCGCCAGGGUACACUAGCUCUGGCGGGUACGGUCUAUUCCGACCCGGAUAUGGCGGUAACCCCAGCUGGACUGGUGGUUACGGCGGUUAUGGGGGAUACAAUGGAGGUUACGGAGGAGCCGGUUACGGAGGAUAUCCUGGGCAAUAUCCUGGAGGCGGUUACGGUGGUUACCAAGGCGGAUACCCAGGUUUUGGCCCGGGUAAUAUAGGCGGAUACCCCGGUUACGGAGGCUACCGUCCCAACUACAGACCCGGAUACGACCGUCCGGGUGGUUACAAUAACUAUCCGGGUCAAGGUGGGUACCCGGGGUACAACCGACCCGGAUAUCCUGGGUACAAUCCAUACAGACCCGGGUACGACCGGCAGUACCCUAACAACCCCGGCAACUACUUCGGAGGGUACAACGAUGGGUACAGCGACAACUUCAGGCUUUUAGGAAGGAAAGUGGGCGAAACCAAAAAAGAAGAGGAGGCUUAGUUAAUUUUUAGUUGUGAAAACAUGAUCUGAGUUUUGUUGUUUGCACUGUUUUUAUGAAUAAUAUAAUAUUAUUUUAUUUUA